CUUGAGCUCAACUUCAAACGUGUCGGUCAUGGAAACCGCCACGCGCUAGAAACUUUUAGUAGGUCGCGGGACAAGUUUUACCAAUGGUGUGUAAAAAUUUCAAUUUUAACAACUCGGUGCAUAACGUGUUUUUGCUGACAAUUGCAGUGAUUUUUUCUCUCGUCAAAACAAGUGAUUUUUAAAACGCCUAUCAGUGGCAUUGGUUUUGUUUUACUUCAAUCCGAAAUAAGCCGAGUGAUUUGUUUCUGUGUCGAAAAAGUGAUUGAAAAGAUUGGAUCAAAAGGAGUGUGCCGCCCAUCGUUCUCGUCCCAGUGAGAGGAGAUAAAAGGGCGAGCGAGUCGAGUAUAAACAAGUGAAAAGUGAGAGGGAGGCGGCGUGAGAAGUUGGUGCCCGGUAUUGGGAUUGGAUUUUCUCUUCGCUGGAAUCGUCAGUUCUAAUCAGUCACAACUCUGGAUUACGGAUUCGGCGACGAUUUUAGAGCAGGUUCACAGUAUGAGCCUGGAGGUUACGCGACCCAGGUACAGCUACGCUCCAACAUGACGCAACGCGAGGGCAUCUUCAAGUUCGAGAACGAGCGCAUCAAGACCCUGCAGGAGGAACGGUUGCACAUCCAGAAGAAAACGUUCACGAAAUGGAUGAACUCGUUCCUAGUCAAGGCCAAGAUGGAGGUCGAAGACCUCUUCACCGACCUGGCCGACGGCAUCAAACUGCUCAAGCUGCUCGAGAUCAUCUCGGGCGAGAAGCUGGGCAAACCGAACAACGGCCGCAUGCGGGUCCACAAGAUCGAGAACGUCAACAAGAGCUUGGCCUUCCUGCACACUAAGGUCCGUCUCGAGUCCAUCGGAGCGGAAGACAUCGUCGAUCACAAUCCCCGGUUGAUUCUGGGUCUCAUCUGGACCAUCAUCUUGCGGUUUCAGAUUCAGGAGAUCGAAAUUGAUGUGGACGAAGAGAACGAAUCAUCGGAAAAGAAAUCCGCCAAAGACGCCCUGCUGCUGUGGUGCCAGCGCAAAACCCAGGGCUACCAGAAUGUACACAUUACCGAUUUUACCAGCUCGUGGCGGUCCGGAUUGGGCUUCAACGCGCUCAUCCACUCGCACCGGCCGGAUCUAUUCGACUACGGCAGCCUACUGCCGGGACGGAACAUCGAGAACCUCAACCAUGCCUUUGAGGUGGCCGACCGGGAACUGGGCAUUCCCCGACUACUGGAUGCCGAGGAUAUCGACACGGCGCGUCCCGACGAGAAAUCGAUCCUGACGUACGUGGCCAGCUACUACCACACGUUCGCUCGGAUGAAGAACGAACAGAAAGGUGGCAAGCGAAUUGCGAACAUCGUCAACAAACUGAUGGAUGCCGACAAGAAGAAGAUGCAGUUCGAAAGCCUCAUCACCGAUCUGCUGAGCUGGAUCCGGAACAAGACGUCCGAGCUGGAGAAGCGCAACUUCCCCAACUCGGUCGAGGGCAUCCAGAGGGAAUUGCUAGCAUUCAAAGAGUACCGUACCAUUGAGAAACCCCCCAAGUACAAGGAACGAUCGGAGAUCGAAGCCUUGUUCUUCCACGUCAACACCUUGCUGAAGUCGCUAAACCAGCCGCACUACACCCCUCAGGAGGGCAAGAUGAUCAACGAUAUCGAAAAAGCUUGGCAACGGCUGGAAAACGCUGAACACAACCGGGAGGUCGCCCUCCGGGAGGAACUGCUCCGCCAGGAAAAAUUGGAACAGUUGAACUACAAAUUCGAAAAGAAGUCAGUAUUAAGAGAAGGUUAUCUGAACGAGAUGAUCCAGGUGCUUUCGGAUCCGAGGUACGGAGCCAACAUUCGUCAGGUGGACGCCACGGUGAAGAAGCACGAAGCCAUUUCCGCCGACAUCUUGGCACGCGCGGAUCGAUUCAAUGACCUCACGUACAUGUGCAAUGAACUACACAACGAGAACUACCACGGAAAGGAACGGGUCCGGAAACGGGAAACGGAAGUCAUCACGAAAUGGAAGGAACUGCUAGAACUACUGGAAAAUCACAAAAUCAAGCUAACCCAAUUGAGCGGGCUCAUGAACCUUCUGCGGGAGAUCGAUGCCACCAUGAGCACGAUCCAGGCGCUGAAGGACCAAUUCGCUUCCGAAGAUGUUGGACCACAUCUGCUCGGAGUUGAAGAGCUCCUACAAGCUCACUCGCUACUGGAACUCCAGGUCACCACCGUGGGUGAAACCCAACGAAGAUACAUACGCCAAGGUGAAGCAUUCAAAAAAUCCGGAACGAAAGAUACCACCCAGCUGGAUCAGAAAUUCGAUCAGCUGGCCCAGUCCUACCAAGAGCUACAAGGUUGCAGUGCCGAACGCAGAGCGCGGCUAGACGAAGCUCGCGACUUCUACCAAUUCGUAGAAGACCACGAAAACGAAGAGGGUUGGCUAGUAGACAAGCAACGCAUCUGCAAGGCCGGCAUUACUGCCAAGGACCUACGCGCCGUCGUGUCCCUUCAACAGAAACACAAAGCCCUCGAAGACGAAAUGAAAGUCCGCAAACCCAAGUCGAUUCAAAUCACGGAAGCUGGCAAGAAACUGAUCACCGACAAACAUCCCCGAAAGGCUGAUGUUCAAAUCAAGAUCGAAUCACUCCAGGAACACUGGAAAGCACUGGAAGAUCUGGCCGACGUACGUAAACGCCAGCUGGAUGACGCUGCCGAGGCGUACCAAUUCUACGCCGAUGCCAACGAAGCAGACUCGUGGCUGAACGAAAAGAUGGCGCUGGUCGCAUCCGACGACUUUGGAGUCGACGAACCUUCCGCACAGGCCCUGCUUCAACGUCACCGUGAUCUGCAAGGUGAACUAAAUGCCUACUCCGGAGAUAUCCUAAACCUGAAUCAACAAGCCGACAAGCUUAUCAAAGCCGGCAUCUGCACACUGGAUCUAUCGGCAGAACCGGAACCUGCUCAGGAACUAGAACAGGAAGAGUGGGUGAACGAAACUCGCUUGGUUCCGAAGGAAGUAUGGGAAGAGGAACCCGUUGAACGUCUGGAGCGCAAAGCCGUAACCGAAAACAAACUGCUGCCGCACGUUCGGGCGCUGUAUCCCUUCGAUGGGCAGGGGAUGAAGAUGGCCAAAAACGAAAUCAUGAUCCUUCAGAACAAAACCAACCCGGAUUGGUGGAACGUCCGAAAGACUGACGGAGCGGAAGGCUUCGUUCCGGCAAACUAUGUAAAAGAAAUCGAAGCACGACCAGUUGCUUGCUUAAUCCAGAAAACCGAAAAGGUCAAGGUUAUGCAAAAAGUAAAAAAGACCAUUCUGGUCAAGCAGGUCAUAUCGGUGAAACGUGUACGCCCGGCAAAGGUUAGCCAAGUCAAACCGCUGGUCAAGCGACGAACCGAAGGAGACACCUCGAUCGACAGCAACGACAGCGUCGACAAACGCCAAAAAGACAUCAACAGCACAUACGAUCAGCUGCAGGAACUGGCUGAGAGGAGACGUGCCCUCUUGGAGGAUUCGAUUUGCCUCUUCCGCUUCUACCGAGAAUGCGAUGAUUUUGAAAAGUGGAUCAAAGACAAGGAGAAGAUGCUCCGUACGGAUGAUCCGAAGGACAACGUGGAAAGCGCCAAGAGGAAAUUCGAGACAUUCCUCACGGAUUUGUCCGCAUCAUCGAAGCGAGUGGAAGCUAUUGAUUCCGACGUGGAAGACUUUGUCCGCCAAGGACACUCACAGCUGGAUAAGGUUAAGGCUCGCCAGAGGCAGAUUCAUCAGAUGUGGGAACAUCUUAAUUACCUGAAGGGACAGAAGGAAAAGAACCUGGAAGGAGCUUCCAGUGUGGAGUUGUUCAACCGCACCUGCGAGGAAGCAAUCGAUUGGAUGAACGAGAAAAUGACCCAGCUGGAUUCGGCCGAGGUGGGUCCAGAUCUUAAGACUGUGCAAGCACUGCAGAGACGGCAUGAAAAUCUGGAACGAGAGCUUGCGCCCGUUCAAGAGAAGGUCAGCCGCGUUAACCUGCUCGGUAACACGGUGAAGAGUUCGUAUCCAUCCGAGAGGGAUAAUGUCACCGAGAAGCAGAAGGACAUCCAAGGUCUAUGGAAAAAGGUCGAAGAGAAGGCCAAGGAACGUAGAUCCCGACUGGAGAACGCGGUUGGUCAACAGAUAUUCACGAACAGUUCCAAGGCUUUGCUGAACUGGAUCGAAGGAGUUCACAAUCAAUUGGAUGCAGAUCAACCCGCCCGUGAUGUGGAAACAGCUGAAAAUAUGCUGAAGAAGCACAAUGAGCUUGGGGAAGAGAUCAAAGCCCACGACGACGAGUUCAAACAACUAUCACAGCUGGGUAACCAGCUGCUACAACGCAAUCCAAAUCUGGUAGAAGUACCAGAAACCCUGAAGAAGCUAACCGCCGAGCAAGAAGCGGUAUACGCUGCGUGGCGUAUCAAGGAGAAGAAACUGCAACAGUGCAUAGAGUUGCAGGUGUUCAACCGCGAAGCGGAUAAGAUCGAUGCUACCACCAAGAGUCACGAAGCGUACCUGGAGUACGACGACCUGGGCAACUCGUUGGACGAUGUCGAGGCUAUCCUGAAGCGACAUACCGAUUUCGAAAAUAGCCUUGGAGCGCAGGACAAGAUUCUGAAGAAUUUUUCCGAAAGUGCUGAUAAACUGAUUCGGAACAAACAUUACGAUGCCAAGUACAUCGCUGAGCGACGCGAUCAAGUGCUGGCCCGCCGGGAGAAGGUCAAGGAUCUUGCCCAGAAGCGACGCAAUGCACUACAGGCGUCCAAGGACUUCCAGAAGUUCAGUGCCGACGUGGAUGACUUGAACGCCUGGUUGUCCGACAAGGCCAAGAUCGCCGGCGAUGAAAGUUACAAGGAUUUGACAAAUCUACCGAGGAAACUGCAGAAACAUAAAGCGUUCGAGAGGGAACUGCGUGCUAACGAAGGACAGCUUCGUACGGUGAACAAGGAAGGUGAAGCACUGAUCAAGACGAACAACCGAGCAGAAGAGGUGACGUUGAUGAUUGCGGCGGUGAAUCAGAAGUGGAAGGAUCUGAAUCAAUCAUCGCUGGAGAAGGGAAGACGUCUGGAGCAAGCAUCGUUGCAGAGGGAGCAUAACCGCAACAUCGAGGAUGCCAAGAGCAAGUUGGAAGAGUUGGACGCUGCACUGCAGAGCAAACAGGUCGGAAAUGAUCUGCGCAGCUGCAAGGAUCUGAUGAACAAGCAUCAGAUCUUGGAGAACGAUGUCGGCAUGUGGGAACAGAAGGUAGCUGAGUUGGUGACUUCUGGCGAGGAAAUGGCCCAUGAGGGGCACUUUGAUGCGAACAAUAUCAAGAAUGAGACGAAGAAACUACAGAAUCAGUUCAAGGACUUGAAGGGGCCGGCGGCCAAGCGGCGCGAUGCGUUGGAUGAAAGCUUGCGCUUCCAUAAGUUUGUAUUCGAGUUGGACGCUGAAUUGCAGUGGAUCAACGAGCAUCUACCGGCUGCGAGUUCCGAAGUCAUUGGGCAAAACUUGCAUCAAGCUCAAAGCCUGUACAAAAAGCACAAAAAAUUGGAAGCUGAGAUCGAAGGUCAUCAACCUAUGAUCAAUAGGACGCUGACUUCGGCAGAGAACUUGAUCAACCAGGAUCACCCGGAGAAGGCGAAGGUUCGGGAGUUGUGCAACACACUGGAACUCGCCUGGAAUGACCUGCAGGAGAAGGGUAAUGAACGUUCGAAAAAGUUAGAACUUUCGCUCAAGGCGCAACAGUACUUAUCGGAAGCUGGGGAGAUUGAAACCUGGCUCGGAGAGCGCAACAACGUGCUGCGGUCGACGGACUAUGGACGCGAUCGCGACUCCGCUACCAAGCUGUUGACGAAGCACAAAGGUAUCGAACUGGAACUGGAUACGUAUUCGGGGAUUGUGUCGGAAAUGGGCCAUUCUGCUUCAACCAUGGUAUCGUCGAAGCAUCCGGACAGCAAGGUGAUCGCUGCCAAGCAACAGUUGAUCGAGAAAAUGCUCAAGUCUCUGCAGAAGCUGGCAGCUCAAAGGCAGCUACGGUUGAUGGAGAGUCUCUACCGACACGAGUACUUCAUGGAAUCCGCCGACCUAGAGCAGUGGAUCAAGGAACAGGAACAGGCCGUCAACUCGGAGGACUAUGGCCAUGAUUAUGAACACUUAUUGAUCUUAAAGAACAAGUUUGACGACCUGAAGCACCGCAUCGAAGUCGGAGCGGAGCGAUUCAAUCAAUGUGAAGAGUUUGCCAAGAAGCUCAUCAGCAGUGACAGCCCAUACGCCGCGGAUAUCGAGAAGCACCAGGAUCAGCUCAGAGGGAAGCAGCCGGUCUACACGGAGACCCAGCUGGAUGUCGUUGAACAGCAUGAUCACAUCUGCAACUGCUGGCAAAACCUCCUCAAGCAAUUAGCGGCUCGUGAAAAGAAACUUCACGCCGCCGGUGAAAUCCACCGAUUCCAUAGGGAUGCCGCGGAAGCCCUAUUCCGUAUUCAGGACAAAAACGCCGCCCUCUCAACGGAGCUGGGCAAAGAUCUCAACUCGGCCCUGGCGCUGAGCCGCAAGCAGGAAGCGUUCGAAAACGAACUGGUCGCACUGGAGGCCCAACUCCAAUUUCUGGUGGACGAUUCGCUGCGUCUGCAGGCCAAGUACCCGGGCGACAACGCCAAGGCCAUCGCGGCCGAACAGGAGAACGUCAUCCAAGCAUGGAACGUACUGAAGGAAAAAUCCGCUCUACGGAACGAUCAACUGCAGGCCAGCUGUGAUCUGCAGCACUUCCUAACCCAGGUGCGGGAUUUGAUGUCCUGGGCAACGAACCUGCGGGCGACCUUGCAAGCCGAGGAGCAUGUCAGCGAUGCAACCGGAGCGACGGCGCUCAAGAUUCAACACGAUGCCAUCUACGGCGAAAUCGAAGCCAGGGAAGAUACGUUCCGCUACCUAAACGAGCUGAGCGAUUCGAUGGUUCAGACAGGCCACUACGCAGCUACCGAGGUGGAGGAGAAGUGCUCGGCACUGUUGGAUGAACGCGCCAAGUUGCAUUCGGCUUACAACAAGAAGAAGAUCCUGCUGGAACAGAAGAUCGAUCUGUUCUGCUUCAUGCGGGACGCAAAGGUGAUUGACAACUUGAGCAGCGGCCAGGAAGCGGCGCUGUCCAGUUCGGACUUUGGACAGACGGUGGAAGUGGUACAGAAUCAAGUCAAAAAGCACGAUGCGUUCGAGAAAUUGAUUCAAACGCAAGACGAGAAAGUGGCGAUUCUGCAAGACCACGGCAGGAAACUGGUGGAGCAAAAUCACUACGACAGUGAGAACAUCAGAAGGCGACUGAGGGAAAUCGUGGAUCGUCGACAGAAGAUCAAGGAGCUGUGCGCACUGAGACGGCAGAAGUUGCAGAACGCACUGCUGUACGCUCAGUUUAUCCGUGAUUGCGCUGAAGCUGGAGCCUGGAUCAACGAGAAACAGAAGAAACUAGAAGCGGACGCAACUGGCUUCGCCGAUGUGUCGAACAUGGAAGACAAGGUCAAGAAACUACAGAAGCAUCAAGCAUUCCAAGCCGAAGUGGCAGCCAACGAAGGACGCAUCAAGGAGGUCAACCAGAAGGGUGAGAUGUUGAUCAAGAAGCGACACGAGUGCGCUGUGGAGAUCGAAGAAGAGGUGAGGAAAUUGAGUGAAUCCUGGAACGUUCUGCUGAACGAGGUUGCUUCACGUGGUCGAGGCCUAGAGGAAGCUCAGGACAUUCUCGAGUUCGACAGUCAGCUGGACAAGCUGGAGGCUUGGAUUCGUGACAAGGAAAUGAUGGUUCACGCAAGUGACACCGGUCGCGAUUUUGAGCAUUGUAAUGCCCUGAAGAGAAAGCUAGACGACGUCGAUUCGGACAUGAGAGUCGAUGAUCAGCGAAUCAAGACGAUCAACGUGCUGGCAGAUAAGCUGCUCACGCAGGAUAAGGCACCGAAUGAAACCAAGAACGUGCAACAGCGACGAAAUAACUUCAACAACAAAUGGAAGUCGCUGCAGGGUGCGUUGAACAAAUACCGAGAACUUCUGGGUGGAGCCUACGAGAUACACCUGUUCAAUCGAGAUGUUGACGACACGGCUGAGCGAAUCAGCGAGAAGCUGUUGGCAAUGAGCGUUGACGAUACCGGACGAGAUUUGAAUGCUGUGGAAGCAUUGAAACGCAAGCAAGACACCAUGAAGCGCGAUAUGACUGCCGUUCAGCAGAAGAUUCAAGAACAUGAGAAGAGGGCCGGACUGCUGGCUCAAAAAUAUCCGGACAAUGCCGUGAACAUUGAAGCUAAUCUAGAAGAACUUAAGCGUCAGUGGAACAACCUGCAGGAAGCCAGUGUCAAGCGAGCUGAGGCUCUGGAGAACGGUUACACAGCGCACAAAUUCACAGCUGAUGUGAAGGAGCUGGAGUUGUGGACCAACGACAUCAUAAAGAAAAUGGACUCGGUAUCGAACCCGACCACGAUUGCUGAAUGCCAGGCGCAAAUUCAGCUGCAUCGGGAACGAAAAGCCGAAAUCGAUGGAAGAGAUAAUAUCUUCAAGGCUCUUCAGGAACACGGCGAACGGCUGGUUGCUGAGAAUAAAGCCGAGGGUAUCAAGAAUGAUUACGUCGAAAAGGCGUUGCGUCAGCUGGAAGAUUUGAACAAACAACUGCACGAUUCCUGGAAGGGUAAGGAUCGUUUCCUAAAGGAAGCAUACCAGCUGCAACAGUUCAAGGAGCAAGCGGAUCAAAUCGAAGCCUGGUUGGCCAACAAGGAAGCAUUCCUGAACAACGAUGACUUGGGGGAAUCGUUCACUGCUGUAGAAGCAUUGAUCAAGAAGCACGAAGCAUUCGAAAAUCUGCUCGCUGCCAGCCGAACGGAAGAACUGGAAAAGUUCGCCGAGGAGAUUCUUGCCGAAAGCCCAUUCGAAGCGGACGUCAUCAAACAGAGACUAUGCUCGGUGAUUGCGCGGAAAGAUAAGCUGCUUGCUUCGUCGGCGGCACGGAAGCAAAAACUACAAGAGUCGCUACAGUUGCAACAAUUCCUGCGUGGAUUGUACGAAGUAGCCAAAUGGAUCUCCCAGAAGAUGCAAGUCGCACUGGAUGAGAACUACCGGGAACCAAGCAACCUUCAGAGUAAGAUCCAAAAGCAUACUGCCUUCGAUGCCGAAUUGGGAGCCAACUCCAGCCGUGUAACGGCUAUCAUCGAAGAUGGAGAGACCCUCAUCAACGCCGAACACUACGCAAGUGCACUGGUACAGGAACAGCUCGAUAUCCUGGAAGCGGAUUGGCAGAAGCUUCGAGAAGCCUCCCGCGAGAAGAGGGAAUGCUUGGCAGAAGCCUACGAAGCUCGCCUGUUCGAGCGCAACCUAGACGACUUCAACAACUGGAUGGACGAAGUGGAAUCCCAGCUAUCCUCGGAAGACUACGGCAAGGACCUGGCUUCCGUUAACAACCUGCUGAAGAAGCACGAAAUGCUGGAAGCGGACGUUGCUCACCACUUGGAAACAUGCGAACAAAUCAGGGCCACCGAUGACAAGUUCUUCGCUUCCGAUCACUUCAUGAAGGACGAACUCCACGAAAGCGCUAUGCUAACUAUCAAGCGAUAUCACUCCCUCCACGAGCCAACCACUAUUAGGCGGGAAAACCUGGAAGACUCGCUGCAGUUGCACCAGUUCCUACGAGACGCCGAAGACGAACUGUCCUGGUUGAACGAGAAGGAACCUCUGGCGGCAUCCAAGGACCUCGGAAACAGCCUAACCGCCGUACAAAGUCUACAGAAGAAACAUCAAGCCCUGGAAGCGGAGAUCCUUUCGCAGGAACCAAUCAUUUCCGCUUUGAUCCAACGAGGUCAGCAAAUGAUUCGCGAUAAUCACUACGCCGUGGAGCAGAUCGAAAGCCAAUCGAACCUGCUGCAGCAGAAGUUGGUGAACUUGAGAAAUUUGACCAACGUGCGGAGGCUACGGCUGCUGGAUGCGGUCGAGAGUCAGCAGUUCUACGCCGAAGCCAACGAAGCGGAAUCCUGGCUGAAAGAGAAGAAACCGAUCAUUUCCUCUCACGAUUACGGCAAAGAUGAGGAUUCGGUGGGAUCUCUGCAGAAGAAAUUGGAUGCACUGCAGCGUGAACUGGUAGCAUUCAGGCCGACUGUGGAGAAGAUCGAUAAGCUGGCUGGAGGGUUGCAGGAGCGAGGUCAUUUCGAUAGCGAAAAGAUCAAGACCAAGAACGAUAAGAUUCAGUAUCAGUUCCAUGAGCUGAACCGAUUGGCUGGUGAGCGAGAGAAGAAGCUGGCCGAAACGAAGAAGCUGUACGAGUUCAUCCGGGAGAUUGACGAUCUGCAGGAGUGGAUCGAGAUGCAGAUGACUACGGCUGGAUCGGAGGAAUACGGAACGGAUGUGGAACAUGUCGAACAGCUGACGGCACAGUUUGAGUCGUUCGUUUCGAAUAUGAACUCGAAUGAAGCACGAGUGUAUGCUUGUGUGGCCAAGGGAGAAUCGUUGUUGAACGAGGGUAACCCUAACAAGGACAUUAUCAAGGGUAAACGGGACGAAACGAAGCAACUGUGGGAAGAGUUAAAGGAUUUGGUUGUGGCCCGGCAGGAAGCAUUGGCAGGAGCUAAGCAGGUUCACUUGUUCGAUAGAACGGCAGAUGAAACGAUCGGUUGGAUCAAUGAGAAGAUCUCAGCCGUCCUGUCAGAAGACUACGGUCAUGAUUUGGAAACGAUUCAGGCACUGGUGCGAACGCACGAAAGCUUUGAAGCGGAGUUGUGUGCCAUCAAGGAACAACUGGAGUCGGUAGUUACCGAAGCCCAGAAGCUAGGCGACACUUUCCCCGAUGCCAAAGAACACAUCGAAGUCAAGCGAGACGAAACGAUCGAAGUGUGGUCCGAGCUAAAAGAAAAGACAAUACAGCGCAAGGAGAAGCUUAUGCAAGCCGAACAGCUGCAGGCCUAUUUCGACGAAUAUCGGGAUCUUAUGGCCUGGAUCAAUGAAAUGCUAGCGCAGAUUACUGCUCCGGAACUGGCCAAGGAUGUCGCUGGAGCCGAAGCUUUGAUCGGGAAGAUCAAAGAACACAAAACCGAAGUGGAUUCGAGAAGCGAAGCGUUUGGGACGUUCUACAAAAUUGGAAACAAGCUGAUCAAGGAUGGUCACUUCCUGGCCAAUGAAGUGCAAGAGAAGAUCGCUGUUUUGGGACAAAGGAAGCGCCUGUUGGACAACACAAUCGUCCAGCGAGCGGAGAUCUACGAACUAAACCUGGAUACGCAAAUGUUCUUGAAGGAAGCCGAAGUGAUCGAAAGUUGGAUCAUCUCCCGGCAGGUUCAGCUGAAGGACGGCAAACUGGGUGAGUCUAUUGCACAAGUUGAGGAUCUUCUUCGAAAGCAUGAAGACUUUGAGAAGACCGUAGCUGCUCAGGAAGAGAAGGUCCUUGCUCUAAAGCGAAUCACUCUGCUGGAACAGAAGUUCAAGAAACAGCUGGAAGCUGAACACGCUGCUCGCAUAGCCGAAAAAGAACGAGUCGAACGUGAACGGCACGAAGCCCUCAAGCAGAAGGAAGUACAGCGAAUUACGGAAGAACGUCGACGAAACGAUGUCAAUUCGUCGGUCGUCAACGGUUACACCGGCACACCUAUCAAGUCGUCUACACCUAGUCAUCUGUCCCCGUCGACCGCAGCCGGUCUGUCCAAGGAAGCUCCCGAUGUGUCUCCGGUACAAAAGUCAAAUUCCUUUGCCACGAUGCUGCAGGAACGACUACGUCGCGGUUCCGAGGGCAACAUCAAGCGGGCAGAAAGUAUGAAGAUCGGUCCGAAGCCUGCCAAACGAACACCGUCCUUUACGACCAGACGGAGAGCCCAGAGUUUCCGCAAGAAUCAACGCGGAAACGAAACUACCGAAUCCGAUCUGCCACCGGUUGAGAUGCAAGGUAUGCUGGAGCGAAAGCAUGAACUGCAGUCUGGUGGAAAGAAGGCACCCGUUCGCUCGUGGAAACCCUUCUACACGGUCCUGUGUGGACAGUUGCUUUGCUUCUUCAAGGACGUCGAGGACUUUGCUCAGAAGAAAGCAGCUACCGCUCCGGUCAAUAUCCUGAACGCCAAAUGUGACCGAGCCGAAGACUACACCAAGAAGAAGAACGUUUUCCGGUUGGUGCUCCUGGAUGGUUCGGAGUUCCUGUUCCUGACCGGUUCGAAAGAUUCCAUGAACGAAUGGGUCAACAAGAUCGCAUUCCACGCUUCGCUUCCCCCGAAUCUACAGCUGAUGAGCUACGAUGAAUCGAUGAAGCACACCCUCGGUGCUGAUGGGAAAACCGUCGGAGGCCUGCAAAUCAAUCCCCAGUCCCCGAUCCUGGACCGUAGCGAUGCCAAUUCGUCAAUCAGCUCGCGAACCUCGUCGCCCGAUUCGCAGCGACGGGAUUCCCGGGGCUCGUUGAACAGUGCCAAAUCCGGUGGUUCCGGUAGCAAUGCCAGUAGUACCCUUCAAACCCCGCAGAUCAAUUUCCUGCAGAAGCAGAAGGAACUGCGCGAGCUAGAGAAUCAGCAACGAUUGUCGCAGCAGCAGCAGCAGCAACAGCAACAACCACAGCAGCAGCAGCAUCAGCACAUGAGUACCUUCCAGGCACCGCAGAGCCCAACGCAGGAGUUCUUCGGGCUAGCUGAUAAGCCUCCGAUACCACCGCGAGGAGUUCCUCCGCCGGUACCGCAGCGGCAGUCCAGCAACGAGAACAUGCUGAACAACAAUAACAACAACAGCAAUAGCACAGUACAAAUUCGACCCAAAACGAGCAGUGGGAGCAGUGGUAGUUUCAAUGGAAAUGAUUACGACAAUGGCAACUACACCAACGCCACCCGGCCCUUUUCCCAUCAACCAAAUUCAGCCAACCAACGAGGCGUGCCUGUGAAUGGCAACCAAAACAACAACGGAAACGGAAACGGCGAAGACGUCUGGCUACGCAACAGUGAAUCGAGGUCAUCAGAAAUUCCUGUACCACCGUUGCCGGCAACGUCACCACCGUUGAGCACGUUUUCCCCGCUGAAACCGCCAUCCGGCUAUCAGCAUCACCACCAUCACCAACAGCUGCAUCAGAAGCAGCUGCACAUGCAGGAUCAAUUCAUCAAACGGGAACGGGAACAGACCGGCAACAACAACUACGUUGGCAGUAACAGCUAUCUGAAAAUGAGCAGCCCUACGGGACGGGAGAGCAACAACAACAACAACAACGUGUCACGGACCACGUGGCAUCAUCAUCUGCCAACGACGACAGUUCCGGGAUCGAAUGGCGGCAUGGAGUACCAUCCACCGAUCAACAAUGGCAGCAAUACGUUCGGGAACAAUAUCAACCUAGAUGGAUACGCUUCCGGCUGGGGUCAAGCCCGUCACGAAGCCCACCGUCCGGCAUCGCUUCCCGUCGGAGGAGGAGGAGGAGGAGUAGUAGUAGUGCCAGGUAGUAGUAGCACUAGUGCCACUGGUGCCGGAGACAUUUCCGCUGGCCUUAUGCUCGGACGGCAGCAGCAGCAGUCGGCGGAAAGUUCCAGCGAGAGCGAGGCCAGCUUUAUCAAGGGCGGCGGCAGCAAGGAAUCCGGCAAGGACAAGAAAGCCGGCAGCGGAGUGUUUAGAAUAUUCUCCAAGAAAAAGUCCAAGAACCACAAUUAGGAACACACGACCCCCUAUUUUAAUUUUACCAAUUCGGCUGGUUCAAUAAUGCCGGGAAGAGUUGUAACAUAGAGACCCUUUACUGUAAUUACCUUUGUAAGUUUAUUUUUUUAUUAUUAACAAAAAAUGCGGAAAUCAGCGGUUUGUUUACUUUCUUUUUGUUUUUUUUUUAAUCGCAAAAUGUUAUUUUAUCACACACCCCCAGGCAACUUUGUAGAAUAUCCAUUAAUGGAAAGCUAGCGGAACAUUGGUAGCUUUUUUAAAAUAAACACAUGAAAAUUCCCACACAAUCAAUGGAGAAAAGGCGAAUAGAUAGAAAGCUUAUUUAUGUUUAUGAACGUCAUCAUACCGCUGGCAAAUGUUAAGCUAGUAAAUAAUAUAAACAAUAAUCAUUAAUAGCUGAGUUAUUGAAAACAUAUCGGUAAACCUUUAUCUAGAGAAACUUCGGUUUAUACAAGUCAUUAUACGGACGAGUGCGAAUGUGAAAAUGAGAAAAAACAGUAGGUAGCAGAACAAGAUGUAAGUUAUAGUAUAUUACGGCAACGUCUACAACAAUAGUUAUUAAAUUUGUUAAAACUUGAAUGAAUUCUAGUUAAGUCAGUAAUGGUUUAGUAAAAAAUAUUGGAAUAAUCAAA